AUGACCGCCCCUUAUAUCAACAUCUCAAUUGAUCGUGGAGGAACGUUCUGCGAUGUUCUGGUCCAAGCCUCUGGCCGCGACGACUUGGUUUUCAAGCUACUCUCCGAGGAUCCGCAGAACUAUCGCGACGCACCAACAGAGGCCAUUCGAAGGGCACUGGAAACCAUUGAAGAUCGCCAAAUCCCAAUUGGAGAGAAGCUCGAUGGAUCCAGAAUAGCCUCAUGUCGCAUAGGUACAACCAUAGCAACAAACGCUCUACUUGAGGGCAAAGGCCGAGAAUUCGCACUCGUUACUACCCAAGGCUUCAAAGAUGUCUGUCUCAUCGAUGACCAGACAAGGCCAAGGCUAUUUGACUUGAACGUCAGAAAGCCGCCUGCCUUGCAUGGCACUUCUCUAGAAGUAGAUGAGCGCAUCACUAUCGAGGACUACGAUCUCAAUCCAUUCCCACUGGAUAAGUCUGCAGAGAUCACAGAUCCGGCCCUUAUUAAAACUCCGAGCGGCGAGAUCAUCCGUAUUUUGAAGGCACUCGAUCCUCAGAAUGUACGCGAUAUGCUAGGUGAGCUUCGAUUGGCGGGAUAUAACUCCCUAGCUAUUUCGUUUUUGCACUCGUACCUCUACACAGAUCAUGAAGAUCAAGUUGCCGAGAUUGCAAAGGAGAUGGGAUUCGAACAUAUCACCAAGGCAUCUGAGGUGAGCCCUGUCAUCAAGUACUUGCAGCGUAGUAGCUCUGCUUGCUCCGAAGCAUACCUUUAUCCCAUAGUGAAAGACUAUGUUACGGCGUUCCAAUCCGGUUUCAGCCAUCUGCCACGCUCGGUGGAGUUCAUGGGCUCAGAUGGAGGUCUCAGACAAGCUGCCAAGUUUCGAGGCAACGAGGCUUUACUCAGUGGACCUGCCGGAGGCGUUGUGGGCAUUGCACGAACAUGCUAUGACCCCUCUGAGGGAACACCUAUUUUGGGGUUUGAUAUGGGAGGAACCAGCACGGAUGUCUGUCGAUAUGAUGGCAAGUACGACUAUUUGACAGAUACCACGGUAGGGGGUCGAAAAAUAACGGUGCCAAUGCUCAAUAUUGCAACUGUUGCAGCUGGAGGAGGUUCAAUGCUAUUUGCUCGUCAUGGCCUCUUUGUGGUUGGGCCAGAGAGUGCUGGAGCUCAUCCUGGACCGGCAUGCUAUCGAAAAGGAGGCCCACUCACAGUCACGGAUGCCAAUUUGUUUCUGGGAAGACUAGUGGUUUCUUCAUUUCCGGCCAUUUUCGGCCCAGAAGCAAACCAAGGUCUGGAUUAUGAGAUCACAAAACAACGAUUUGAUGAAAUAACUCACGAGAUAAAUGAACAGACUGGUCAGAGUCUGACACCGGAAGAGGUUGCCUCGGGCUUCCUUGAUGUUGCUAAUGAAACGAUGACUCGCCCAAUGCGUAACGCUACUGAAGUUCGUGGAUUUGCACCAAGCAGUCACAGUCUGGUUAGUUUUGGCGGAGCGGGGGGUCAGCAUGCAUGUGCGAUUGCGAAUAAGCUCGGAAUAUCCAGAAUUCUCAUUCACAAACAUUCUUCGCUUCUAUCCGCUGUCGGAAUAUCUCAAGCCGACCUGCAAGUUGAAAAGACUGCACCAUUCACAGGCUUUUUCAAUCUCGGUGAGCUUGAAAAAAUAAGAUUACAAAUAGAGGCACUCAAACUCCAGGUUCAAGAAGAGCUUCGCUCUCAGGGAGCAGACGUGUCUUCUAUUGUCUUUGAAGAGUCUUUGAGCAUGAGAUACGCGGGCACUGACACCAACAUUGCCGUCCUAAAGCCCGAGGACGAGGAUUACGGUAGAUCCUUUGAGAGUAUUCAUUUGAGGGAAUUCGCUUUCCAACUCGAUCGAAAGAUUUAUGUUGACUCUGUCAAAGUGCGCGGCGUGGGUCAAAGUGGUAUUCCUGCAGAAAGCAAAUCUCCAUUCCCAUUGCUGAAAGAUGCGAAGAGUCGUAAUCUGGAAUUUCUCCAAGAGAAAGAAAGGCAACCGACCUUUAUCGAUGGUCUGUGGCAAGAUAUCCAUAUCUUUAAGCUGGAUUCUGUCAACAGGCCCAGUCAGUUACAAGGCCCAGCCUUGCUCAUCGAUGCAACUCAGACCAUCUUCGUUGAACCCGGAUUCGAUGCCUAUCUUCUUCCGGACCAUCUAGUACUUGAAAAGUCAUCUACAAAUUCGCAAGGCGGCACUCUCUCAAUGUCCGAAAACAUUGAUUCGAUCCAACUUUCCAUUCUAUCCCACCGGUUUAUGUCAAUCGCUGAGCAGAUGGGACAUACGCUACAACGUACGUCAAUAUCGACAAGUAUUAAAGAGCGCCUAGACUUCUCCUGUGCUGUCUUCUCUCGAGAUGGAAAGCUGGUAGCCAAUGCUCCCCAUAUCCCCAUUCAUCUAGGAAGCAUGCAAUACGCAAUCCAAUAUCAACACCGCCUAUGGGAGGGCAAGCUCAAACCAGGCGAUGUUCUUUUGAGUAAUCAUCCUGAGUGCGGCGGAACCCAUCUUCCAGACUUGACAGUCAUUACACCGGUUUUUGUGGAUGGGGAGCCUAGAGUAGCUUUCUAUGUUGCGGCUCGGGGUCAUCAUACUGAUAUUGGAGGUCUUGGGAUCACAUCCAUGAUGCCAGGCUCAAAAGAGCUAUGGGAGGAGGGAUUCAAUGUUCGCUCAAUGAAAAUCGUGGAUAGUGGAAACUUCCUUGAAGACGACGUACGGAAAGCAUUUUUGGCUGCUGGGGACUUCCCCGGUUGCAGUCCCACUCGUCGAUUGGAUGACAACAUAUCAGACAUUAAGGCUCAGAUAUCAGCAAAUCAAAGGGGGAUUUUGCUAUUGCGCAACUUGUGCUCUGAGUUCGGCUUUGAUUUUGUAUCGCGUUACAUGAACGCCAUUCAACUGAACUCCGAGAUAGCAGUCAGAGAGUAUCUCAAAAAGAUUGCUCGGUCGAGACCCUUACCUUUGACGGCCAGUGAUAAUUUCGACGACGGUACUGUCAUCAAAGUGUCUAUCUCAAUCGACGAAAAAGGUGGCGCAAUAUUCGAUUUUGCGGGCACCGGCCCCCAGAUGUGGGGUAACUAUAACUGCCCGAUCUCCAUCACUCACUCAGCCGUGAUAUACAGCAUCCGCUGUCUGGUAGACACAGAUAUACCUCUCAAUGACGGAUGUCUGGCACCAAUAGAUAUUCAGAUCCCCCAUGGCUCCAUCCUACGACCCAGUGCCUCCGUUGCAAUCUGCGGUAGUACCCUAGCGAGCCAGCGAGUUAUCGACACAAUUUUGAAGGCAUUUGAAUGCUGUGCUGCGUUUUCCGGUUGCGCAAACAGUUUCGGCUGGGGACUGGGUGGCAAGAAUUCUCACACCGGCGCCAUUGAGCCCGGGUGGAGCUAUGGCGAAACGGUUGGAGGAGGGUGUGGUGCUGGCCCCGGUUGGCAUGGAGAGCAUGCUAUCCAGGCACACUCAACUAACACAAAGAUCACCGAUGCUGAGGUCGUGGAAAAGCGAACACCGGUCAUUAUUCGCAAACAUGCUAUCAACCCUGGCACGGGUGGUAAUGGCCAAUACAGAGGCGGAAAUGGCGCCGUGCGUGAAGUUGAAGCUCGGGUGCCGCUUAAAUUCAGCAUUCUCAGCGAUCGGCGUGUAUUUGCCCCGUACGGCAUGAAUGGUGGCCAGUCUGGCCAGGUUGGAAAGAAUUAUGCAUUCAAGUGGAAUGAGGGCCGGACAGGACUUGAGAAGAUGUCACUUGGUGGCAAGGCUGCACUAUCGCUGGAAGCUGGGGAGAUAAUGCAGGUCAACAGUCCUGGUGGCGGAGGUUGGGGCUCUUUGGAAUGA